AUGACUCUGGAGAGUCUUCUUGUGUAUUUUGGCUACGGGAUCUGGCACAGUAAGGAGGGACUGCGGGAGCUGCAGCCCAAAGACAUGGCCGCCCGCUACGUGGUCCUGCCCAGUGGCAGCCUGGUGGAAACGGUGCAGAACGUUCAGCCCGAUGAUCAAGAUGCUUUCUGGGGGUUGGUCCAGAUCUGUGAGAAGUAUCUUCCUGGUUACUACAGUCCUGGCCUGGAAGCUAUACAGUUAGACGGAGAGAUUCUGUUUGCUCUGCUGCGACGCGUCUCCCCGCCAGCCUUCCGGCAUCUAGAGAAACACAAGAUCGACCCCAUCCUCUACAUGACUGAAUGGUUUAUGUGUGCCUUCUCCAGAACUCUGCCUUGGGCCUCUGUGCUGCGUGUCUGGGACAUGUUCCUCUGCGACGGAGUCAAAAUUAUCUUUCGUGUGGGUUUGGUGCUGCUGAGGUACACGCUGGGAACUCGUGAGAAACUGAAGAACUGCCAGGGCCUGUAUGAGACAAUGGAGCUUCUUCGGGCCAUAGAUCCUCGAUGCAUGCAGGAGGGCUUCCUUGUCCGAGAGAUUCUUGAAAUCCCAGUCACAGCGCGAGACGUAGAGAGAGAGCACCACUCCCAGCUCAAACGCUGGAGGAAGAACCGCGGAGAGCUGAACUUCAGACCGCCGCCGAGGAUGCACGGCGCUCGCCUCGUCAUGUUGGCCGAGCCCCCGCGGCGCCAGGACCUGCAGCAGAACCCCACGAUCGUGAUCGAGGAGACGCAGCCUCCACAGCAGCUGAAGAAGAACAAGGAGGAGAGGAAGAGCAAGAAGAAGAGCGUGAGGAAAUCCAUGCCCAUCAAGGAGAUCCCUAACCCGUACCCUCUCCCCACUGACCCUCGUCCUCCUCCCUCUCCUUCUCCACCACCUUCAAAUCCAGCUGACACAGACUCACCUCAUCAGCAGGAAGUGCCUCCUACAGACAUCCCUGCUGCACAAAUAUCUGGUCUCCAGAGAUCCUCACAAAGCCUUAGCAGCACAGACCAGGAUACAUACCUGUAGCUCUGAAGCUGUGCAUGAGAGAGUGUGAGUGUGUGUGAGGAUGACGCACCAGCAUGCUACAGUCAGCAACCAACCAGCCUUGCCAAAGUCUCUUGACUGGCCAGCAUCCUUAUUAUUAUUA